AUGUGCCCCCUUCAAAUUGUGAGUGUCCCGUCAUUAAAGAACCAGGACGAGGAUGCCAUGGCAACGCUGCAGACCCCGCCCCCCGGCUGGAACAUGGAGGCCGACGAGGAACUAGCUCAGUUUCUCGUCACCAAAUGGGGCGGAGUCGAGGAUCUAACGUAUCUCCUACCGAGCUGGGAGGUGGGGUUGGAGGGGGCAAAGUCGGAGGUCACCGAGGCAGUUUCGGCAAUCCGACAGCUGUGGCCGAUGAGUCGACGACGUAAUGCUCUCAUAAGCGACAUGUUGAGCGCCACGGCGACGUCGGCUCCGAGCCGGCCGACUGUGUACAUCGAUCGGAUGUCAGCGAAAAGGCACCAGGAGAAUCCUUCAGAGGACAAGGAGGGAAAGAGAACCGUCUUCAUACAGCUUUCAGAGAGAGCUUAA